AUGACCGAAUUACGCCGCUCAGCAAGGGUUGCCGCGCAGCCAGCUAAAGAAGAAGCACCAGCGGCCUUUCCACCGGCUAAAAAGGCCAAGAAGGAUACAACCGCGCCAAAAGCUACCCCUAAAGCAGAGCCCAAAAAAGCGAGCGACAACGGUGAAGACGCUGAGGAGAUCCAAGUGGGCGACAAGAUUCCGGAUAUCACGUUGUUGAACCAGGACGAGGAAGAAGUCGACUUGUCCGCAAUUGCCAAGGCCAACAAGUACGUCGUCAUAUUCGCUUACCCCAAGGCAUCCACCCCUGGCUGCACUAGACAAGUAUGCGGAUUCCAAAAAAACUACAAGUUUUUGACAGACAACGAUGUUGCUGUGUUUGGGUUGUCGAGCGAUGAGCCCAAGGCUCAAAAGAGUUUCCAAACAAAGCAAGGUGCCGAGUAUGACUUGUUGAGUGACCCUGAAAAGCAAUUGCUUGGCGUGUUGGGUGCUAAGAAAUCGCCUAGUGGCAUCAAAAGAUCGCAUUGGAUUUUCAAAGAUGGGGUUUUGGCCGUGAAGGAGAUUCAAAUUUCUCCUGAGCAGAGCUUUGAGGGUGCAAAGGAAGACAUAGAGAAGUUUAUUGCUGAAGCCAAGCCGGAGGCGGAGGCUAAUGGAGAUGAGAAGAAAGGAGAGGAGAAAGAGGAGGUUUUGAAGGAGAAUGGAGAUGACAAGAAGGAAGAGAAUGGUGACGCGGUUGACAAGGACGAAGCAAAAGACUCCCAGCCAGUCUUAGAGCCAAAGGAAGAGGCAAGGGAAGAAGAAGGAUACAAGGAAGAUGACGAAGGUGCUGCACCACCCGAAGACGCAGUGGCCAAAGACGCCGUUGAAGAGGCUGAGGAUAAGAUCAAAGAAGAUAAAGAGCCGACCGAUGCAGAACUCGCUAAAGAGGAAGAAGAAGAGGAAAAAGAAGCAGCUGCUUGA